AUGCAAAACCACCCAACAGAACCACUUAAAACCCUAAUAGACUCCGGCGCUACAUCUAAUUUUAUAUCACCUGCCAUAGUCAAAAAAUAUAAAAUACCAAAAACCCUACUUGGAAAUCCACAAGUAGUGAGAAUGUUAGAUGGUACAAUAUCUCAGACUGGUUGCAUAUGGCACCAGGUACAACUCACGGUCUUGGCCAAUGGCCAUCCCCACUCCAUUCCUUUUCUAGUCUGCCCUAUUGGUAAUACCCCGGCCAUACUUGGCAUGACGUGGCUCACCCAAGAGUCCCCCCUCAUUGACUGGUCCUCUGGCACCGUAACAUUCCCGGACCUAGCCCAGAUUGCCUCCAAAGAAGAGGCCAAUCUGGACCCUUUAGCAGACCUUCCCCCUCAGUACCAUGAAUUUGCUAGAGUAUUUGGUGAAGAGGAAUUCAAGGUUCUACCUCCUCACCGGGAAUAUGAUAUAGCCAUUAAUCUCCUCCCAGAUGCCAAACUUACCCCAGGCCCCAUUUACUGGAUGACAGAUGCGGAAUCAUAA